UUUGCAAAGACUGAUGUCACAGCAAGAGAUUCAAACCUAAUUGAGCGAGGUCUUGGAAGCAGUGGAUACAAUGUCCCACCACCUGAUAUACAACAUCAUGGAGCAGAAAGAAAACACAUGACCUCACAAGUUAAUGAACGUAGAUUGGAGAAGUUGAAGACAAUAACUGCAGAAAGCUGCAAUACAAAGGGACCUGAAAGUACUUGUGCACGAAACACAAAAAAUUACCACACAAGUGCAGCAGUUGAAACUUAUGUGAAAAGAAUGUCGUUGUCAUCUCGGGAGAAGUCUAAAGUUGAAGUACUGAGAAAGAAGACAGCUGAGUCAGCAGCAAGUAAUCCUCCAGCUGCCACUGUUAAACCAUAUCCCAGGCCCAGUGACCGGCUAAAUCCAAAAACUAUCAAUCCAUUCAGUGACCCACUGAGACAACAAUCUAUAUUUGCUGCAGCAUAUUCUAAAAGAGAGAUUCCGUGCAGGUUAUUUCAUGGUUCAGUGAGUCAUAGACUACAAUGGGAUCAGCCACCAGAGACUGUUUGCUUUGACCCUCUUCUUAUUACCUUAGCUGAGGGAUUAAGAGAAACUAAACAUCCUUACACAUUUGUAGCCAAGGAAGGUUUCAAAGAAUUGCUGGAGAUUGAAAAUGCUGCUGAGAAGGCUAUUCCACUAGUUCCAAAGGUGGUUCCGAAGUUAAAAGCUGCUCUGGCACAUUCAGAUGUUGAGGUUUUUGAGAGAGGAUUGUGUGCUUUGGUCCAGCUUAGUGCUGUUGUUGGUCCAGCUGUAAAUAGCCAUCUUAAACAUCUGUUGACUAGUCUGUCAAAAGGAUUGAUGGACAAAAAACUUAAGCAGCCAAUCACAGAAGCCCUGCAGAGACUGGAACAGCAUGGUGGAAAGGAGAGUCUGGCCAUUAUUAAAUCCAAAAUUCCAACCUAUUGCUCUAUUUAUACUUGAGAAAAAGACAACUUCUGCCCUUGGUCAUACAUUUCUGCAUCCAGACAAAUAUUAUGGAUAACAAGAACAGCUUGCAGGAGUUUUGUCUGACAGUAUGAUGUAAUUUUCAUUUUAUGUAGUUUUGCAUUCAAAUCAAAUAAAUAUCCUGACCGAAUUUAUGUUGAGUGAGGUGAGUCCUGCUAAUCUUUAAUGGAGAAAGGAAGUUGUGAAAAUUUGGUCAACAAUUUAUUUUUCUCUUGCUACAAAAAAUGGAUUGUCUAAUAAGUUACUUGAAGUUGUGCAGACACCAACUUGAGCCAAUGACAUCAUUCAUCGAAAUUUGUAAACACUUAGUUGUGUGUAAAAUUAAUAUUUGUAAAAUAUUUUAUAAGGUACGGAAAUAUUAGCCAACAAUAUUGAAGGUUUAAGAGAUUUUUGGAUGACCAUCACAAAUUGUUAACAGGCGUGACAGUCAGUUAAAUACACUUUACAAGUUAAAUGCACAGCGUGAGACUACAGAUUAUAGUAUACAGGCCAAGUGCUUUCACUCUCCCACUCUAACUCUCAAAGUCUGGCAGUUCAGUUAUAUUUGUUGAAAAGUGAAAACUGAACUUCAGUGCACAUUUAAAGCCACUGAUAUUUCAUCAGACUGGAAAAGAAUAGAGAUGGAACUGGUUUUAAUCAAGUACAAAAGCAGAAGGUAAGUAUGAUGAGCCCCUCCUCUUCCAUUUUCUCUCUUCCCACAUCCAAAGCUCUGAAGCUCCUUUAAAGUGAAACUGUAGUUGUACUUGUUUCAAUUUAGUAUACUGUGUCCUCCUCCAUAUUGGAGAGAUCAAAUACUGCUAGGUCAAAUACUUUACUGAACCUCCGCGUUCAGUCCAUAGGCUUGACCGUCAUUUUCCCAGUUCCUUGUUAUUUUAAUUCUUCAACUUGCUCCAAUUCUGACCCCUUGUAACCAUACUACUUUAAUGAAUCAAAUACCAAGUAAUCACUAUCUCCAAAAAGAUACAAUCUCACCACUGUCCCUUGACAUUCAAUGGUAUUACCAUAAAGAGUCUUCCAUUAUCAACAUCUUUGGGGUUACCAAUGACCAGAAACUCAACUGGACUCACCACGUAAACACAGCAGCUACAACAGCAGGUCAGAGGCCAGGAAUACUGCAGCGAGUAACUCACCUAACUCUCCAAAGCCUGUGUUUUAGGAAUAUUAGGUGAGUGCAGCCCUAAUAACACUUAAGAAGCUUGACUUAAUCUAGGACAAUGUAGCCUGCUUGAUUGGCACCACAGGCAUCCACACCUUCCAC